GGGCGACGCACAUAGCUUCGUGAGAAUCCGCCUUGAGGAAUUUCAUACGCGUCAUCGUGUCGAGGAAGAAGAACAAGCUUCGCAUCGCACCUACGCCAUUUCCGAGUUCGUUCUGUUUAGGCAUCGCGUUCGAAAAGUCACCGAAGGAAGGGUCGUUGAUGCGCGUGCGGCUUAAGGUGGCGCUCAAAAGGCGGCACGCGUACAUCUCCACGGCCAUUUCCGGUACUCGGUCGCGCGGACGGACGCUCCGUGGAUGCUCCGUGGUUGUCGUGGUCGAUUUUUUCCUCGAGAUCCGCGUGUGUCGGCGUGACGCUCGGACGGAGUGACGGUGUCGUCGCGCGCGGGGGUGCGGGCGUGGGCGGUGCGUGAUGCAGAAACGCGUAUGCGAACGUGUCGCGCGACGAGCCGAGCGACGAUCGCGGGGUUGUGUAAAUAGCGCGUAGUGGUCAUUGCGCACGUCCGGUGCGCAUCCGCGGGCCAGAUGAGCGCGGGAUCGCGCGGGGACGCAAGGGGACUGUAGCGUGCGUGAGAGAGGCGGGGAAGGGGCAACGGAGUGAGAUAGACGGACUGUGCGGUGCCUCUUUGUGCGAUAGCCAGCGAUCUAUUUUGACGGUACUCCGUAGUGAACGACGACGAUAAUUGACGACGGGCGACGCGCGACGAUAUCGUGUCGAUCGGCGCGAAAAUAGUGGCGUUUUCACGAGACGUGGACCCGGGCCUCGUUUCGGCGAUUGAGUCGCCGUGAUGGACGGCGCGAACUUGAAUGGCGGGAACGCCGAAAUAUCGCGCGAGGAUUCUAACCUCGAAAGUGGCGACGGCGGUGUUACCGUGCCAAUGGAGGACUCGUCGAGUAAGACGGCCGCCGGGGGUAACGCGGAUCCGCAGGAGGUUAACGGGGACCUGAAGGGCUCGGCCAAGAAACACGCGCCCUUUCCGCGUAGGAAGAUGAAGAAGCUCAAGGCCAACUCCACGAGCACCGCCGAGAGCGACGCGCCGGAGCCGCUCGGGACGAGGGGACGCAAGCGUAAAUUUUCGGAGCUCGACGACGGCAGCUCCGAGGAUUCAGAGUUCAAUGGCUUCGACUCCAAGGGGAUCGAGCUGCAGCCGGGUAGUCACGUUCUGAAAAAGCUCAUUGCUGAAGCUGAAAUGGCAGAAGCCCAACUUAUAAAACGUGUUAGAUAUUCAAGGAGCUUUGAUAUUAAAGGAAAAAGAGAAGAUGAUCAGGAUUCUGACGAUAUGAAAUCCUAUAUUUAUGACACAGAUAGUUUGGAACAUUUAAGUAUAGGAAAAAUUAAAAAGGAGAAGGAGUCUGACAAAUCAGAAACAGAUUCCAUUGAUAUACCAAAUAGCAUAGAUUCUGAAGUGGAACCAAACAAAAUUGAAAUAACUUCCAUUAGAUCAGCAAAUUCAUCAUCAGCUGCAAGUAGUCCAUCUGCAAUGUCGCAAAAAUCAAAAAGUAGUCGCGUUUCUGGUGGCACUAGUUCAGGAGGAAAACAGAAGGCUCCUGUCGAUAUGUCAAAUCCGUUAUAUAAAGAACCAUUUAAAUAUGGAUGGAAACGAGAGCUAGUAUUUAGAGCAAGUAACGAUUCUUCCUUUAAAAAGAUGGCUGAUAUAUAUUAUUAUACACCAAAGGGUAAAAAAGUCAGGAGUUUUAGAGAGGUUGCAGAAUCUCUUAGUUCAAAAGAGUUGACCAUUGACAACUUUACAUUCUUCAAAGAACCUACUGGGAUUAAUGAUCCUGAAAAGGAAAUUGUUCGACAUGCUAAAAGAAUAGGAAGCUCAGGAGGACACACAUCAGGAAAAAAGUCUUUUAGUAAUAAGAAAGCCACACCAACGAGAAAACCAGUACAAGAACCUGUGGCAAAGAAAACAGUACAAGAGCCUACAACAAGAAAAUCACAACAAGAAAAUACAGCAAAGAAACCAGUACAGGAAUCUCCUGUUCCUGUUUCUGUACCUGUUGCAGAAGUUUCAAAAUCCGCUCCUGCACCUGUUCCAGUGUCUACAAAAGCUACGCCCAAAUCGACAAAAGCAUCAGCCUCUCCGACAUAUAAGACAAAAGCAGCUGCAAAGAAAACUCCUCAAAUAAAAAUGAAACCACCAGUUGAAGAGAGUGAAAUGCUUCCACCUCAGCGAAGUACCGCAAAUACAAGACGGAGUCAGCAAAUAGUCGAAAAGGUUACUUCUGUCAAAACUAAAAGACUACUAACGCCUAAAGUUCAAGAGCCAUGCAGCAUAAGAUGUUCAACAAGUAUGGGAUUAAUACCAAGCUUACAAUGUCGAGUCUGUCUCUGUUUAUAUCAUCCUGAAUGUGUUGAUGGCAUGGAAUUUGCAGGCAGUGAUGAAUAUGUCUGUAAGAAUUGUCAGCCGGAUACUAAAGAAUCUCAUACGCCGAACAAUCCAUCUUUGACACCACCACCAUUGAUCCCAAUUAGUAUGUUAGGUGCACAAAAUGCAAAAUCAAAACAUCAGACUAAUUCAUCUCCUCCAAAAUUGCAAAGAAUUCCAAAAUCUGAUAGUGUGGAUGCACAAACGAGAAAUUCUUCAAAAAAUAUCAAAAUACCAUCCGCAAACUCAUCACCGUCAAAUAUAGAUAAAAAGGAAAGCACUUGGUUCCCUCAAACCGAAAAUGAAUUUUUGCAAAGUCACGACGGUACUAUGCCGAAACCAGCGCAAAAUAUCGCUUUAAUGGGUGGCAAAAGAUACAUUGUAGUACCGAAAAAUAAUGCAAUGGCAGUUCAACCAGCCAUAACAAUGAGACCAGAUAAGAUUGGCGAUAAACCACCAAUGCUUCAAGAUGGUUCACUUACUGAUAUUUCAAAUACUGUGGAUAAUUCUAUUACAAAGUUACGUGCACCUUCAUCGAAACAUUUAAAUAUUGAUCUACCGGAAAAAGUAAAUGUUACGCCUGAUAAAGAUAUUUCAAAAGAUACAGCACAUCUAGUAGACCUUGCACCUUCAGUCACCACUGAGAUAACAGAGACAUUAGAUAAUAAAAAUAAUAAAGAUAGUAAAGAUAUUCCUAAGGAAGAUAAAGCAGUUGAGAAAAUAUUAGAAAAUAAAUCUUUUACUGCCGACAUAGAUUAUGUGCCUGAAGAGAAAAAACCUGAAAAGAAAAAAACAGAUAUAGAUCAUAGAUUAUCCGAUAAAUCUGCACCUAUACCAGUACAUACAACAGAUACUACAGAUACUCUUGAAACAAAGUCUGAACCAAUUAAAGCAGCUCGUCGACAAUCGUUAUCAAGUAAAGUGGGUACAGUAACAAAAAUUAAAAACAACAGCAAGAGGAAGCAAAACCAGCAGGAAAUGGAACAGCAGCAAAAUUUUAUGAGUUCAGUUUGCGCUGGUUACCACGCCCUAUUGCGUAUUUUCCAAUAUCUUAAGGUACAAGAACUGCUGCGGGCUGCACGAGUUUGCAAGAUGUGGCAUGAUCUCGCAGCUCAUCCAUCUCUGUGGAAGACAGUGCGUAUGAAGAAUAGCCAGGUUACUGAUUGGGACGGUCUAGCGGAAACAUUACAGAGACGCGGUACACAACACCUAGAUCUUAGAAAAAUGUUAGUCGCUGGUGAAUCUGACAACGUUUGGAGAAAGUUUUUGACUAUUGUUCCGCGAGUGACCAGUCUCGUCAAGCUCGAGCUAUGUAGAUGUCCCGUUAUGGUGGUCGAAGAAGUUAUUAAGAGCUGUCCUCAGUUGGAGGUACUGAGUGCAAUGUCGAUUAAGUGUGAUUCUCUCAACUUGGAAUCGAUUGGGAACCUAAGUCGGUGCCAAGAAAUCAGACUCAAAGCAAUAAGCGGGAUGUCAUUGCAACAAGAUCUUACACCUCUACAAAAUUUAAUACAUUUGACGCAACUGAGUUUGACAUCAGUUAAAGAACUUGGAAAGAAGAAAAUCGAUGUUAUACAAGUAUUGACAAAUCUAGAGACAUUAGAAUUGGGUGAAUGUUCUGAUUUUCCUGACAAGUUUGGAACUAAUGUUUUAAUAAAAUUAAAUAAAUUGGAACGCCUCAGACUUGAAAAGGGUCAAGGAUCCUGUUGUACAUUUGACAUUCUUGAAGGUAUAUCAAAAAUGGAAAAUCUCUGUCAGCUGGAAUUGGUCAAUUUUGAUGUGAAGAAUGGGUUUGACAAGUGUCUUGCUAAUUGUAAAAACAUCAAGAGGUUACUAAUCAUACCAACUUACAUAUCCCAAUCGGCAACAACUAAUAAUAUGGUACUCAGAGGCGUCACAGAAUUGUCAAACAACCUGACACAUUUCAUAUGGGGUGUUACCCUUGAAUUGCUCAGGGUUACAGAACUAUUUGUUGAUCAGUGCAAUCUUAUGAAUAAACAGGUUACUGGAGAUUCUAUACCAGUUUUAAAACCGGUCCCCUGCUUACGAUUAAUCGCAGAUGUUGAAGACGAAAAUGAAAUAAACCAAACAGAAAACGAUAGACAACAGCCGCAUCAGGCAAACCCGCAAGUCGACAUCUUACCGUUACCACAAUUACAAAAACUUCUUUUAACUGUGUUGCCCAGGACACGAGUUAAGAUCUUGAAAAUUCCUUUUCACGCCACAUGGCGGCAAAGCAUUUUAGAUACCGCGGCGCAAUAGAAGUGGAUGCAGUGAUACGAAAAGUUGGAUGAAGCGAACAGACAUUAAGAAAUAUAUGAAAAAUUCGAAAAAUUUUGUAAAAUUAUAUAUCUAUAUAAUGUCUGUUCUCCAAUUUUUGAAUGGAAAAUAACUUAUAUAUUUAUGUACCAUGUCUGUUUUAUAAAAUCUUCAACGAUUAAUAACUCUUUACAACGUAUCGGUACACACUGUACAGCGAUGAGAGUCAUUAUGGUAUAUUUAAUGCUUUUGUGAUAAAUACGCGGGACCAUGUAUGCGUAUCGCACGCGUUCAUCUUUGCUAUGAAGUAAACAUGAUAUGACACGUUUUGCUAUCUUUGUGUGGAUUAAUUUAAUCAAAUAAAAUUUUGACUUUUAUAUAUUACAAUUUUACUGUUUCAUGUACGAAAGAGAGAGGAAAUGGUAUAGAUCUGUAUUUUAUCGAAAUUGCUGUGAUGUGUACCUGCGUUGAAAGUAAGUAAUCCGACAAGAUUACAUAGUAAACUUUUUAGAUUCUUAUGUGAUAAGAAGUUAAUACAAAACAGUACUGUAUGGCUUAUCUGUAAGAAAAAAAAAUGUUAGGAGUGAAAUGAAUUGUUUCUUCAACUUUCUUGUUGAUGCAUUAGAUUUUUUUUCCUUUUUUCUUUAGGAUACUUGCGAAACAGUAUCCUGAAUCGAAAGAUUAGUUAGAUUUAUAACUUUACAAUAUGUAAUGUCGAAUUUCAAUUGGAGUAACAGAAAGUGUAAAAUCGUGUGGUCUAUAUAUAUACGGCUCUAUCUAGAAGUUAGACUGUAAAAAAGUACCAUAUACAUAUACUUGUGACUGUAUCUGUAUCUUUAGUAUAUAUUUAGGGUACGAGUUUUCCGCUGCAAAGAAAUUUAUUACGGCAAAACUGUAGGUAGUAUCGUGUAGAAUGUGUAAUAUACUUAUUAUUUUAUUGCACACAAACGCAUAAUCAAACAUAACGUUAUGAAGACAUUCAUCGAUCGAUAUGUACCGAGUACAAAAUGCGUAUAACUGUAAGUUUUCAAUAAUGACUGUGUCUAUAUUCCUUUUAAUAAGGCA